CCCUGGCUCUACGGAUUGGCGCGAGAGUCAAAAGGCGUUGGCCGCCUCUGGAUAAGAUGGCGGCCGUGGAGGCGUCGUUGUGGGGGAACUUCGAGCCGGGACGGCGACAUCUGGACUGAGUCGGAGGCUAAGGUCCCAGCGUCCCUCCAGUCGUUUGUGAGCUUACUCCGUGAUCACAGUCUCGAGAUAAUCUGCGUUGUAAUCUGUGAAUAGUGACCGACAGCAGCAGUGUUGCGGGGCUUGGCGCUUCCCUUGGACCCUGCAGUUGCAUCGGCCAGGCUUUGGUUGUUUUUAGGAAGUCGGAAGAAGCGCCCAAGCUUCCAUGUGGGGCAGGUUUUCAUUCUGUAUUAGUCCUUCCCCUGGGAUGGAACAUGGCAUAAAACCUGAGUCAUCGUUAGCAUUUAAAUGUAAUUGAAGCCUACACCGCUUGGGAAAAAAUUCUCAAGGUAUGGACGAGAAGGGUGACCCGAGUGGUGAGGAUGCGCCCAAGGCCAUCAAGCCCACCAGCAAAGAGUUCAGGAAGACGUGGGGGUUCCGGAGGACCACCAUCGCCAAGCGCGAGGGCGCUGGGGAUGUGGAGAUGGAUGCCCUGGACCCGCUGCCCCGGCAGCAGCAGAGCCCGUCGCUGCGUCGCAGUGGAAGGCAGCCGAAGCGGACCGAGCGGGUGGAGGAGUUCCUGACCACGGUACGGCGCCGGGGCCGGAGGGGCACCCCCGUGUCCCUAGAGGACUCGGCGGAGCCGGCGUCCUGUCCAGUGACAGAUGCGGAGAGCGCCUCUGAGGGGAGCGUGGAGAGCACCUCGGAUGGGAAGAGCGGUCCCAGGUCUGGCUCCACGGGUGCUAAGGAACGAAAGGCCUCCUCGGCAAAGGCCAGAGGGCGUGGUGACGAGGAUGACACCUCCGAUAGCGACAGUGAUGGGCUGACUUUGAAAGAACUCCAGAAUCGCCUGCGGAGAAAGCGCGAGCAGGAGCCCACGGACAGGCCCCCCAAGGGCGUCCAGAGCCGCCUGCGGAAGAAGCAUCGGGAGGAGGACCCGGUGGAGACCAUGGACGUUGAGGCAGGCGAUGCAGUGGAGGGCUCGCUGCCCGUCCCGCAGGAGCUGGAGGCCGACCUGGGGGCUGCGUCCCAGGCGGCGAAAAUGGACAGAGAGAGCCAACUGGAAGGGAGGGCGGCCCCAGGGGGGAAUGCAGAGGAACCCGGAGACGCAGUCCGACACAAGCCCGAAUGUGAGGUGUACGACCCCAAUGCCCUGUACUGCCUGUGCCGCCAGCCUCAUAAUAACAGAUUUAUGAUUUGCUGUGACCGAUGUGAAGAAUGGUUUCAUGGCGACUGUGUGGGCAUUUCUGAGGCUCGAGGGAGGCUCUUGGAAAGGAACGGGGAGGAUUACAUCUGCCCAAACUGCACCAUCCUGCAAGUGCAGGACGAGCCCAGCUCUGAGACCACAGGCACGCAGGACUCGAGGUCGAGACCUGCGGACGCCGACGGCACAGACUGUACAAGUAUAGGAACCGUGGAACAGAAAUCGAGUGAAGACCAAGGAAUUAAGGGUAGAAUUGAGAAAGCUGCAAACCCAAGUGGCAAGAAAAAACUCAAGAUAUUCCAGCCCGUCGUAGAGGCGCCUGGUGCCGCCAGGUGCAUUGGCCCCGGGUGCUCAAGCGUGGCGCAGCCCGACUCUGUCUACUGCAGCAGCGACUGUAUCCUGAAACACGCCGCGGCCACCAUGCGCUUCCUGAGCGCAGGGAAAGAGCAGAAACCAAAACCUAAAGAGAAACCCAAGACAAAGCCGGAAAAAAUCAUUCUUCAGAAAUGUAGCGUUCAGGCAGGCAUUAAAAUCUCUUCUGUGCACAAGAGACUGGCUCCAGACAAGAAGGAGAACGCAGCGAAGAAGGUGGCACUGGUCCCUCCAAGGAGUGAGGUCCUCGCUAAGGAGCCGCCCUGUGAGAGCAGCACGCCGUCCUGGGCCAGCGACCACAAUUACAAUGCAGUAAAGCCAGAAAAGACUGCUGCCCCCUGGCCGCCACUGUUGUAUAAAUCUGUGAAGGAGGACAGACGCGCAGAGGCAAAGGUGGCGGUGGCGGCGGUGCCGAAGAAGGCGGCUCCUCCAGGCUCCUCGGGAGGCAGCAAGCAACCCUCGCCCAGAAAUCUCCUUCCAAAGAAGUCCCCUCCUUUUGCAAACGCGGCAGCAGCCAAACCGGCCAUCAAAAAGACGCCACCGGGUUUCAAGGGCACCAUCCCCAAGAGGCCGUGGCUCUCGGCUGCCCCCUCCCCCUCGGGCAGCGCUCCCUCGGCCAAGCAGGCAGGGCUGGCACCUGUUGCUGCCACGUCUGCUUCCAGAAAGUUUCCCAGCUCUGCUGCUUCGGUGGGCGCCAUCAGGAAGCCUGGGACCGCCUCGGUUCCCCUGGCCUCUCCAGCCCCGGGACGCCUGGGCCCCGCGAGCCCCGCCUCGUCACAGCCAAAUUCUCAAAUUCGGCAAAACAUAAGACGCUCCUUGAAGGAGAUCUUGUGGAAAAGAGUCACUGACAGCGAUGACUUAAUCAUGACAGAAAAUGAAGUAGGAAAAAUUGCACUGCACAUCGAGAAGGAGAUGUUUAACUUGUUCCGAGUCACAGACAAUCGGUACAAGAGCAAGUACCGCAGCCUCAUGUUCAACCUCAAGGACCCCAAAAACCAGGGGCUCUUCCAUCGUGUUCUGCGUGAAGAAAUCUCUUUGGCAAAACUUGUGAGAAUGAAGCCAGAAGAACUUGUCUCCAAAGAGCUUUCCAUGUGGAAAGAAAGAUCGUCAAAGCCUGUGAUGGAGUCCAGAACUAAAUUGCAUAAUGAGACUAAGAAGCCAACUGUUAAACAGGAAACUAUUCCCGAUAUGGAAGAUUCUCCGCCAGUAUCAGAUUCUGAUGAACAGCAAGAAUCGGUGCGGGCGGCCCCCGAGAGGAGCGCAGCCCCGCUGCUGGACCUUGUCGGCAGCAUGCUGCAGGACACGACCGGGCAGCACCGGGCGCACCUCUUUGACCUGAAUUGUAAGAUCUGCACAGGUCAGGUUCCAUCGUCGGAAGAUGAGCCAGCUCCGCAAAAGCAAAAGUGGUCAACUUCUGCCAAGAAGGAGGACUCAAAGUCCAAGCAUGACAGCUCUGCCUCUGAGCCCGCUCUCAGCUCAGCCGAUCAUGCGGCACCAGAAACUCUGCCUGAAAACGCCUCGGAGCCAGACCUGGAAAGCGCUGCGCGCGCCCAUUUGGAGGGAAGGUCCCUCCCGGUGCCUCCAGAGGACGGCCACCCCGAGCCCUCCGCCCUGGAAGGCGCCCCCUGCCCGGCCCCUGGGGGCGGCGGAGUGCUCACCACAGUCACGGUGUCUGGCCGAGACCCCAGGACUGCACCAGGCGGGCCGAGCACGGGCACGGCUCCCUCGGCAGCCCGCCCAGACAGCGCCCACCCAGCGGAGCCCCGACAGGACGUCCCGAAGCCUGUGCCGACCUCCGUGACGGUGCCCAAGUCCAUCCUGGCCAAGCCGUCCGCGUCGCCCGAGCCCAGAUACCUCCUGUCGGUCCCACCGUCGCCAAGCAUCAGCAUCUCAGAGUCCCGCUCCCCUCCAGAAGGCGAUACCACCCUCUUUUUGUCUCGACUCGGCACCAUUUGGAAAGGAUUUAUUAACAUGCAGAGUGUAGCGAAGUUUGUCACUAAGGCGUAUCCUGUCUCUGGAUGUUUUGAUUAUCUCAGUGAGGACCUGCCCGACACAAUUCACAUCGGCGGAAGGAUUGCCCCAAAGACAGUCUGGGAUUACGUCGGCAAGCUCCGAUCUUCAGUGUCUAAGGAGCUGUGUCUGAUCCGCUUCCACCCCGCGACGGAGGAGGAGGAGGUGGCCUACAUCUCUCUGUACUCCUAUUUCAGCAGCCGCGGCCGCUUCGGCGUCGUGGCAAACAACAGUAGGCACGUCAAGGACCUCUACCUGAUCCCGCUGAGCGCCGCGGACCCUGUGCCCUCCAAACUCCUGCCCUUUGAGGGACCAGGUCUUGAGUCACCGCGUCCAAACAUAAUCCUGGGGUUAGUAAUCUGUCAAAAAAUAAAGCGUCCUUCAAAUGCCGGCGAAUUAGACAAGACAGAGGAGAAGCGGCCCCGUACUCAGACACAAGAAGAAGUGGAUCCCGUCCACCCCAGAGUGCCAGCAGCCCUGCUCCCUGAGAAGAAGCCGCCCAAGUACCCGCUGUGCCCAGGGGACGCGGCUGUCAGCACCACACCCCCGGGGUCUCCCCCACCCCCACCCCCUCCUCCAGAAGCACCAGGCGCGCCGGCCUCGUCUUCCGUGUUACAGAUACUGUCGUCGCUCAAACCAGGAGCCACGAACACUGUCACAGCAUCACCCGCAUCAGUGACGGUGGCCGCUUCCUCUGUCACUUCCUCUUCUUCAAAAACAGCUUCGCCCCUAGAACAUAUCCUGCAGACUCUCUUUGGGAAGAAGAAGGCGUUUGACCCCCCCACCAAAGAGCCUGCCGAGUCGGCCCCAGCCCCCCACCAGGACUCGAGAGCCAAAGCCGGCGGCGGGCUGCCGGCAGCACCUCUGCUGGACCCAAUUGUCCAGCAGUUUGGUCAGUUCUCAAAAGACAGAGCUCUGGAGGAGGAGGAAGACGACAGGCCGUAUGACCCCGAGGAAGAGUACGGGCCUGAGAGAGCCUUCGACACUCAGCUUGGAGACCGCGGGCGACGCCAGGACGCGGAGAAGGCUGCGGAGGCAGCUGAGCGGGAGGAGGUGGCCUAUGACCCGGAGGACGAGACGAUCCUCGAAGAAGCCAAAGUGACCGUCGACGACCUGCCCACCAGAAUGUGUGCGGACGCGCACGGCGGGCCGGGCCUGCCGGCGCCCUCCUUGGCCGAACAGCAGCAGAUGAUAGAGGAGCUCACCAAGCAGAUCGAGGAGCAGCAGAGGCAGGUGGAGGAGCAGGAGGAGGCGCUCAGGCAGCAGAGGGCGGCCGUCGGGGCCUCCAUGGCCCACUUCUCCGUGUCGGACGCGCUCAUGUCGCCACCGCCCAAGGCUGCGCUCCUGCCGCCAGAGCCACAGGCUGCGGCCAAGCCGGCCGCGCCCCCCGCUGGCAGCCAGGCUCCGGGCCCGAGCGCCGAGGCGCGGCUGAGCCGGGACCCCCGGCAGGCCCGGCGGUUGGCCGCGGAGAGCAACGAGAGCGAGGCCGCCCCGAGGCCCCCGCUGGCCAGAGAAGCGCCCGGAGGGGCCGCUGCCGGCCCGGGGCCACUCCCAGCCCAGGAGGAGCCAGAGUCAGCCCCUCCACCGUGGGCUCCGGGCGAAGAGGCCCCACUGCCGGCCAAGCAGGACGGCCCUCUGCGGGAGCCCAUGGAAAGCCCGGGGCCUGAGGGCGCGACCGGCGGGGACGGCGCGGCCAGGCCUGCCCGGAAGGUGCUGCUGCCCACGCCGCCGGGUGCCUCCUUCCAGCCCCUCUUCCCUUCGCAGCACGAGGGCCAGACCUUCCACCCUCCCGGAGGAAGGGAUCCUUUCUCGGGUCCAGGGUACUCUCAGGAAAAACCUCUGGGCUCUUGCCAGUACGACGAUCAGAGAAAUGCUCAGUUUCCCGAAAAAAGUGACUCCCUGGCAGCUGAAACCGAAGGAGACAGAGAGCCACAGCCCAGGCCAGGUGAGGGGGCCGGCACGUUCCCUGCCGCAGCACAGAAAGGGGGGCCUCCACCCCAGUUCCAAGGCCAGCGGGAGCCUGCACCGCGUGCUUUCGGGAUGUCGGGCCUUCACGGCCCCAAUUACACAGGCCCACGGGGGCCAGUCCCUCCGUUCUCGGAAGAGAAUUCUAAUAACGACGGGCCCAGAGGGGGGCCUCCACCAGCCAGAUUCGGGCCCCAAAAGGGGCCCAUCCCUUCCUUGUUCUCAGGGCCACACGGGCCACCUCCCUAUGGGGACGGGAGGGGCCCAUCCCCUUCCCACCUGGGCGGGCCCAGGGGAGCAGGGCCGCCUCCGUUUGAAGACCGGAAGGACCCCCACGGGGAGAAGAGGGAGUUCCCGGAGGCCCCGUACGGUGAGGCCUCGGGCCCCCCUGGCCAGUGCGAGGGGCCCGAGCAGGCCCCGUUCCUGGGAAACAGGGGCGCCACGCCUUUCCAGUUCGGGGGCCAGAGGAGGCCUCUGCUGUCGCAGUUUAAAGGACCCCGAGGUGGCCCUCCUCCUUCUCAGUUCGGAGGUCAGAGAGGCCCCCCUGCCGGCCACUUUGUGGGCCCGAGGGGGCCGCACCCUGGGCAGUUUGAAGGCCCCAGAGGCCAAGCUCCUGGAUUCGUGCCGGGACCCAGGGGGAUGCAGCCUCAGCAGUUCGAAGAGCAGAGGGUCCACUCACCGCCCAGGUUCACCGGCCAGAGGGCACCGGCGCCCUUGCCCUUUGGGGGGCCCCGGGGCGCCGCUCCCUUCCCCGAGAAGAGCGAGUCGGCGCCUCCACGCUUCCACUUCCAGGGCCCGGCCGCCCCCGGACCCAAGCCGGCGCCCCGGCCACUGCUGGAGCUGCCCAGCCACCCGCCUGCGCCACCCGCCGCGCCGGCCCCAGGCCCCGAGGCCGAAUUCCGCGAGGGCAGGGGCCACGAGUACAGAGGCCCAGGCUUCGAGGGGCGGCCCCGGGACAAGGCCCCGGAGGAGCCCGAGGCCCCGCCGCCCGACAGCCGCCCGGGCCGGGCCCUUGAGGACCGCCGGCGCGAGCGGGAGCGUGGGAAGCCCUGGGAGCGGGAACGCGGCCGGACCUGGAGUCGCGAGCGGGACUGGGACCGAGGCCGCGAGUGGGACCGACACCGCGACAAGGACGCUGGCCGCGAGUGGGACCGGGGCCGCGAGCGCAACGCGGGCAGGGACAAGGGGCGCGAGUGGGACCGGGCCCGAGAGCGGAGCCGCAACCGCGACCGCGACCGCGACCGUAGACGUGACCGGGAGAGGUCCCGCAGCAGGGACCGUGACCGCGACAAGGCCCGCGAGCGGGAGCGCCGCAGGGACCGUAGUCGGAGCCCGGAGCGACCCCGGGACCCCAAGGCCGAGGCCCCGCGGGCCGCCGCCCCCACCGCCCAGACCUAGGGCCGCGGUGAAGCCGCGCUCACGUGCUAAGCAGGUGGUCUUGGAAAGAGCUGGGUGCUCAUGCACAGGACAGAACCUUCUGGACUUGAGAAAUUACUGUAAUUUUGUGUAUGAUGGUUUCUUACAAAAUUUCACACCUUUACAAUUCUGAUGCUUUUUAAAUGUAAACAAAAAACUAAGAACUCUUUAACAUUUCCAUUUAAAUGUGCUGAAAUGGGAAAGUACCUACAAAAGCAUAUUGCUUUUUCAGAUUAUAAAGUUAUCUUUUCUAAUAACUUGACUAUUGUAAAUUUUAAGGGAGUUUAGUGGACCUCAGAGCCAUACCUUUCCUGACAUCUCAUCUGUGAUACCUGUUUCCAGAAGCUGACUUCACAGGGUUCGGGGCAGGCGGCCACGUGUUUCUGUGCAUGGCUGUGUCAGCUGUCUCUGGAAUGUUGAGAAACACCAGACUUAACUACAGGUGCAUCUUUCUCUUGUCAUGAAGAAAUUUGAAUUACAAAUUCCAACCAGGAAACAAAAACACAUUUCUUUGUUUUGCUCAGUGUUUAGGUAUCCCCUUACCUGUUCCCCCCACCCCCAAACAUGAUUAAAAGCAACAUCUGAGUAGAAAUUGUGGAAUUUUAAAUAACAAUUUAUUUUAAAAUGUUUAAAUUUUACCAGCCUAUAGAAUGUGAGAAAGUAAAGCAAUUAAGUGUACUUUAAAAGGCGGGGCGGGUGGAGGGAAUAGGUUUCUUUGAUUUGAAUAAUCAGGAACGUUUUGUUUGUUGAACUUUACCAUCUGAGCGGUUCUCUGUCCCGGGAAAAGUGCACUAGCUCCGCACUGUGAUACAUACUUGUGACAAAAUCUCAACGUUUGUCAUUGAAAUGGAACAAUAUUUGUGUAAAGCCUGAGAUGAAAAUAGUGAUAUUAGCUUAAGAACUACAAACUAGAAAGCUUUUCACUGUGAGACACAGUAUACUGCUUCUUGUCAUGUAUUUUCCAAGUACUUCUGAAGUGCGAAAGAGAAAAAAACUUGCUAAUUUAUUUGACUGUACAAAUAAACUUUGAUAAUUUUUUUAUAUUUUCAUAAACUUACUUUUGCAAAUAUAAAAUUAGAGAAUUUCAUUUGUUCUUUGGAGUCUGUUCCAUUGUACAUCACUACAGAUUUUUCACUUUCUAGCACAAACGUUUAAGUUAUGAGAACACCGAGAACUUAGCAAUUUGGAGUGAUUGGUGUUAGAGACCCUGUCAGUAGGUUACGUUAAAGUGGCGACGAGUUCCAACAUCUAACGAGAUGUGAAGGUUUUUUUACGUGUAAAACAAAAAAAUUUUUCUAAUUUAAAUACAACAAAUGUAAAAAAUCAAGUGUGUUUCUUUAGGUUUACUUGAUAGAAAUUUCUGUAAAUUGUAUUUUAUAUUGCAAAGUAUUAUAUCACUGUACAUUAAAACAUGGAACUUCAUAGCUUUGUU